UAUAAAGGGGCCUGUGUUACAAUUGGGGCAUCAUUCACUGAGGAGAGGAGAGCCCCACAUAAAAAUAAACCAGACAAAGCAAGAGUUACACACCUGUGCCCGUCAUGGGGGACACAAAGCUGUGGCUUCUGCUGCUCCUAAGUGUGCAGGCGUUAGCAGCAGAGCAAGGAACCGAACCAGGAGGAGAUGAGCAAGCAUCUACAUGUCCAUUGGGGGCGAGAUACAAGAACUUCAGGAAAUAUCUAUACACAUACACAACAGAGAGCAGAAAUGGGGUGUCAGGCACCGCUAACCUCAGAAACGGACCCAAAGUAUCUUGCAAGGUAGAGCUGGAGGUCCUGCACCCAUGUACCUUCGUCCUGCACACCUCUGAGUGUUCCCUCAGCGAGGUGUCUGUCAUUGACCCCCAGGGCCAGCCCGUGUACAGGCAGGCAGCUGGGUCUGAGGCCUUCCAGGCCGCCAUGGAGAGGAAUCAAUUGAGCUUCGUGGUGGAGACGAUGGGAGAAGUUUUGGUCUUCCCUAAGGAGGAGGAGCCCAAGAACAUCCUGAACGUUAAGAGGGGGAUCAUCUCCGCACUCAACAUACCCUCAAUGGACUCGCAGAAGAACAGGGAGAUGGCGACCAUUCACGGCAAGUGCAAGGGAACAGUGUUCGUCAACAUAACGGAGGACAUCGACACAGGCUUCACCGUGCACAGGGACCUGUCCCAGUGUUCCCAGUUCUCCCCCCUGAGGCUCUCCAGCAGCCCCCUGGCUCUCAUCCGUGGCCUGCACACCCCAUUGUCAAUGCUUGUAAGCAGCUCCCAGGAGUGCAACUACCAGUUUGAUAACAGGAGGAAGCACAUGACAGCUGCCCAGUGCACAGAGAAGCACCUUUUCAGGCCUUUCUCACAUGAUGACAAGUAUGGAAUCUCAUCGGAGGUCACCCAGAGUCUGACCCUUCAGGAUUCUGCCAAAAUCAACAAGAGAGCCUUCGACACUGGCAGUGGAGCAGACGCAGGGCUCCACAUGGAGGAGGCCGAAGAUAAGCACCCCACGCAGACCAAAGACGCCGUGCUGUCCACCAUGAGAGACCUCAACAGCCUGGCCCCAGACCAGGGCCAGCAGCGGACCGGCCUCUUCCACAAACUGGUGGUCGAGAUGCGUGGCCUUCAGAACAGAACGCUGACUGUGGCCGUGGAGGAGAUGAUGGCCGUCUCUGCCCCCCUGACCUGGCAGGCCCUGGCCCAGUGCGGCACGCCGGAGUGCCGGAGCUCCCUGCUCUUUCAACUCAGGAAGCCUGACGUGGCCGGCCCAGUGGCGGAUGCCGUCGUGUACGGCAUGAGCCUGGCGGGCCUGCAGACGUCCCCGGAGGAGAUCUGGGACCUCCUCGCUGUGGCCGAAUCCAGAUCCACCAGACCGGUCAUGUACGCUCUCGGCUACGCAGUCAAGAACCUCUAUAAACCGCUGAGCGAAGAUCACCAUGAGGCUUUCGAUGCUGCGGCGGACUUUCUUUUGUCUAAGCUUGGGGACUGUGCUGGGGGGGAGGACGAGACAUUCCUGAUUUUGAGGGUCAUUGGAAUCGUCGGAGGGCCAGUGCAGGAGAAGGUUGAGUCUGCCCUCCUCAGCUGUGUGAGCCAAUCAGCUGCCUCCCCCUUAGUGCAGAAGACAGCCAUUCAGGCCUUCAGAAGGAUGUUUGUGACCCCAAGGAUCAGGGAAAGUCUACUGCAAGUCUACCAGGAUGAAGGCCCGACUCAGAAACGCUUGGCGGCAUACCUGAUCCUCAUCAGGAGCCGGGGCCGCCAUGUCCUCAGGCCUGUGAUCGAGCACCACAGGAACCAGGAGAGGGACCCAGAGGUCCGGAGCUUUGUGGCCUCCCACCUGGCAAACCUCUGGGGCUCCGCUGAGCUGAAGCAAAAUGAGGACCUGUACCAACAAUUCAGUGACAUUUUUGGAGAUGAAAUACAAUCUUUCGGUGAAAAAUCCCAACACCACUUGUUGGAAAUCCCUGACAUUGGUAACCUGCAGAGCCACGUUGUUGCUGAGCAGAACACCAGACUCCCAAAGGAGGUCAUUCUCAAGGCUGCUGAGAGGUUGUUCGGCUUCUCAAAUGAGCUGAUUGAGAUUGGCAUCGAAGGUGAGGGACUUGACCAACUCGCUGAAUCCCUCGUUGGUGAGGAUGCCCUUGUUCCGAACGUUCUGUUUGCCGCCAUGAACUGGGUGGCUGACAAUACGUCACCUGAAAUCAAAAACAUCUUUGACAAGUGGAUCGCCCCCAUGCGAGGAGAACGACUGAAACGACAGGUGCCCCAGGAUGUCAUGAAGGAGCUCGGUGACAGCUUUAAUACAUUUGUGGAGAAGCUUCGUUCCUCGGAGUCUCCAGAGGCACUGGCAUACCUCCGACUGAUGCAGCACGAACUCGGCUACAUUAGGACCAGUGACUUUAAGCAGUUCAGUGAGGACAUCGCCAAGUAUGCCAAUAUAGUCUUCAAGAGCCUGCCCGCCAAGGCUCUGAAGUCGCUGCUCUCUGGCACUGAUAAUGAGCUGUUUGCCCACUACAUCUUCAUGGAUGAGAAUAUGGUGCUGCCGACUGCGUCUGGGUUCCCUUUGAGGCUCUCACUGUCUGGUGUCUUUGCCCCGGGAGCGAAAGGAGGCAUUUCAAUUUCACCAAAUAUGCACCAGCUGUCCUUCAUGCCUUCCGCUGGCCUGGAGUUCAUCACCCACAUGGGCGUCCACAUCCCUGAGUUUGUCGCUGCUGGGAUCGAGAUGCACACCAACUUGUACCACGAGAGUGCUCUGAAUGCCAAAGUCACGGUAGCAGACAACCAGAUCAAGCUCUCCAUCCCGCCCCCUGAAGGCAAUGUCCAGCUCUUUGUUAUCAGCAACAAGCUCCUGUCCGUCUCAUCGUCCCAACCCAAGAUUGUGCCAUCCUUGGUGGAGGACCGAACGGACACUACUGAAUGUCAUCCUCUGUUCACUGGGCUGAAGUACUGCACAGUAAUGCGCUACUCAAAUGCCAGCUCUAACGAUUUGGCUCCCUACUUCCCUCUUACCGGAGAAACCAAAUUUGCACUGGAGCUCCAGCCCACAGGUGAGGUAACAGAAUACUCUGCGGCCAUUGCUUACAAACUACUCAGGGAAGGGAAGGAGGGACGCCACAAAGUGGACUCUGUGAAGAUCACUCUAAUGAUGGAGGGAUCCCAGCCCUCUGAAGCCACAGCCACCAUGAAGUACAACCGAAAUAAGAAUAUCUUCACUACUGACCUUCAAAUCCCAGACAAUGACUUUGAGGCGGGGUUGAAACUAACUGCUGGUGACAGCAACGUGAAGGGAAAAAAGAUGAAGGGCUUCACUAUCGAUGUAACAAACAAGAAUAUUCCACAGUUGUCUUUGGUUGGCCGGGCAAGGCUAGAUUCCAUGAAGGAUGCAUUGGUCCAGGUCGAGUUGGACAUCCCCUCACUGCUUUCAAAAGCAACAGCCACGGCCUCCCUGAAGAAGGAGAAUGGACUCAUUCUACAGCUGGAAACCGACGUUGACAUCCCAAAGACAUCCUCCCAGCAGGCGGUCAUCAUCAGAUAUGAUGAAAACAAGGUUGAGGUUGAGCUGAAGUCAGAUCUGAACUCCGAUUUUGACAAACUCUUCCCCAACAUGGAACACAUAAGGAACAACCUGCAGUCAGCCAUUGAUGACAUGCUGGACCAGCAAGUCCCCAAGACUGACAUGAAACUCCGCCACAUUGUUUCUAAAGGCUUUGAGGCUGUCAAUAUCUGGCUUGACAAAGUGGCUGCAGAUGUCCCCUAUGUAAACAGCCUGAGGAGCAGAAGAAGCAUCCCAGAACUGCCACCUGUUCCUGAGAAACUAUUUCUGAAAUGGGAAACCCUGUUCAGGUACCAGUUCAACAAAGGCAGAAUAACCAUUUCUUUACCUCUCCCACUUGGAGGCCAGUCUUCGGAGGACCUGAAAAUUCCAUCAAAGUUGUCCAUCCCAAAUAUCUAUAUGCCUGACAUUGGCCUGGAUAUUCCUGCCAAUACCAUCGUAAUCCCAGCAUUCACCAUCCCCCAAAACUUUGACUUCUCAAUGCCUAUGCUGGGUCUGGCUGAGUUGACCACAAAGGUUACCAGCAGCCUCUGCCACUGGGAGGGUUCAAUCCUGGGCGGAAACAACACUGUUGAUACCCCGAGCUUCAUUGGCCAAUACAAAAUAGUCUCAGACUGCCCCCUAGCCUACAAAACUGAAGGUACUGGAAUGAUUACAGGCUCGUUUGAAGAUUCCUUCAAGUAUAGUGUAAACACUUCUCUGAGCCACAGCCUACUGGAUGUCAGCUUCAGUGUCUCGGAAACUGUUGCCUGGAAACAAAACGUGGUUGGACGGGAAAGUAUCAGACUGCAAGCAUCCAGCCCACUUGGUCUGUCUGCAUCUCUCCAUUCCUCCUUUCAGUCUGUGACAAACGAUGAUCAGUUUAAGGCAGAUGGUGACGUGGAUGGAGACUUCAAGGUUGGUCCUAUGUUUGCAAAAUUCACAUACACUCAGUCCUAUAUGGUUGAUGGUGAGGAGGAGCCAAAUGCCAAAGGAGAAUCCACAUUCAAGCUUGAUUCCUCGAUUGUUCAACUUGAAAACACGAUUAAUGGAGACUACACAAACGAUGUCCUGACUCUCCAAUCCAAAACCAUCAUGCCAAAUGACGCUUUAAAGCAUAUGUUAGAGUUGAAACUUGAGGACUGCAAAUUUUCUCUUAAGUCAGAUGCUACAGCAAAAGUUCUGAGCAAUACAGUUACUAACAAAAUUGACCUUGGCUCUACUUGUGAGGCUGCAAACCUGAAGGUGGAAAUCCAAACAGAUGAUGGAACAAAUAGAGCCUACUCUGUCCUCACAGGAACUUUGGACAGCAGCGGUCUGGAGACAAACCUGGAUGGCACUGUGAUGUUUGAUUCAUGCCAUGGUUCCCACAAAUCGAGCCUCAAUAUUGGCAGCACUGGUUUAUCCACUAGUGGCACAACGAGUUUGCAGUGCAGCCCCUUGACAUUUGACAAUGCCUUCACUGGUAAGAUAGACAACAAUGGAGCCACAAUAUCCUUUACAUCCAAAGCAUCGGGCCGCGACAAUAGAGGAGAGAUCAAGGUGGAAGGCAAAGUAACUCCCUUGCAAGCUUCUGUCAACAGUGUCCUUAAGGGAAAUCUCUUUGAUGCAGACAUGCUCAACACUAUGAAUGUGGCUCUGAAUAGGCAAGGCCUGACCUUCUCUGACAGUAUGGCAGGGUCUCUAAAGAGUAUGAGGGCAGAAAGUACUCAUUCCUUAGCGGUUACUCUUUGGACCUUGGCCUUCCGCUCCAAGACUGACGGCUUUGUCUGUGAUGGCACAUCUUACAAGCAUGACAUCAAAGUGAACCUGAAGCCAUUUGUCGCGAUGAUAAGUACAAAUAAUGACAUUGAGCUCUAUGACAUGAGUCUAAGCAAUGAGGGGCAACUGAAGCUGGAGCCACUGAAGAUAGAUCUGUCAGGAAGCGUCACUGGUGGUCAUACUGAUGGUGACCACAUUAAACACACUUGCUCCAUGAACUAUGCUGAUUUAGCUGGAGCUGUAAAAUGCGACACAAAUGUCAAACUGUCUGAGGCCCAAUUUAAUCACAACUUUGACCUUCAAUACGCAGGCCUGUCGUCCAAAUUUAGCAGUGAGGCUCUUAUAAACUCCAAGAUCCUACGUCUAGAGAGCACAUUGCGGACGAUGGCAGAACCUUUUAGCCUAACUGUAGAUGCCAUCCUCAACAGUGACAGUGAGGUGCAACUCUAUGGGAAGCACAAGGGUCAGCUGUACAGCAAGUUCCUGCUUAGAGCAGAGCCACUGGGCAUUGCCCACUCUCACGACUGCAGGGCAUCUGCCACACAUGAGAUGCCCUCCGGGGCAACUCACGAGACUCACCUUGAGAAUAAACUUGAAGGUGUCUUGACACCCAGUGAGCAGUCAUGGCUUUGGAAAAUUAAGUCUAAACUAAACAACAAUGCUUACAAUCAGGACAUCAGCACCUACAACAAUGAUGAGAAAAUAGGGAUGGAGUUUGCUGGUGUGGUUUUCACCAAUCUUUUAAGCAAAGCAGCAAUGUCUGAUGACCCUCAAUUCCAGAGUGAUCACUCUUUUGAAAACCAAGAGUUUAGUCUGUCGGCGUUUCUCAAAUAUGACAAAAACAGUGAUUCACAUACACUUUCCCUGCCCUUUAUUGAUAAUCUUCCUGCUGUCUUUGAACAACUCAAAGCCUCAAUUGUAAAUGUCUUUGAGACAGUGCAACAAUUUAUUAACAGUUUAGAUGUAAAUAAUGUUGUUGCUCGGUUCAGGGCCACUUUGGAGGAAUUACCACAGGAUAUCGAAAAUUAUAUUACAGAAUUGGACCUUGAAGGAAAAUUCAAGCAAGCUAAUGAAAAAUUGGUCUCUUGGAUGCAAAACUAUGCAAUCUCACUUGAUGACUUAGAGACCUCUGUGGAGAAUUUGAGAAAAGCCUUUGAAAAGUCUAUACUUGACACAGCAAGUAAAAUAAGAGACAUUACAGUAAAAAUCAGAGACUUUGUUGAAAGUGGAACCUGGUCUGAGACCAUAUCAGAUUUCUUUACACAACUUGCAACUGAUGUUAAGGCCUUUGAUGCAAACUAUGAUAUUUCCAAGACACUUGUCAGGGCUAUUGAAGCAAUCGAGGACAUCAUCAGGCAAAUUGACAUGGAGAAACUGAAAGACAGUAGUUUGGCCUGGCUGCAAGAACUUGAAACAAAAUAUGAAGUAAGGGAUUGGCUACAGGAGAAAGUCAGUGAACUGAAGCAAGUCAUAGACACAUUUGAUAUUAUGAUGUUAGCUCAGGAUCUGAAGGACUACAUAGUGUCAUUUGAUUUAAUGGAAUUUUUGGGCCAAAUAACCGAUCAACUUCCAACAGAAGACAUCAAAAAUACACUUGAAACUAUGAAAGAUAUUCUUGUCAACUGGCUUGAUGAAUAUGAAAUUGAUCAAAAAGUUAAUUAUGUGAUCUCCAAAAUACAGGACCUCCUUCAGCGCUAUGAAGUAGACAAGAAAUUUAAGAUGCUCACUAAUGAACUCAUUGAGCUAAUUAAACAAUACAAAGUCCAUGAAACUCUGCAACAAAUGGUGGAUGAAAUGAAGAAAAUAGAGUUUGAAUAUUUCUUUAAUAAGUUCAUGCAAGUCCUUAACGAUAUUAUCAGUCAGUUAAAAUCAAUUGACUUCAAGCAAAGUAUUGAGGAUCUAAAUGAGUACAUUUCAACAACAGUCAAAGCAAUACAGAAGUUUAACUUUAUAAUGCACAUUGAUGAUGUUAACCAGAAAAUCAGUGAACUUAUAGAGUACGUGAAUGAACACAUCAAAACGUAUGAAAUCCCACAGAAAAUUGAAGCUUCAAGAGAGUUUCUCCGGGAGAUCCAGUCCACCAUAUGGAAUUACUUGGACCAACUUAAAGCAACAAGAGUGGGAGAGAUGCUGACAAUGUUGAAGGAUGUUCUCGACAAAACUGCUUACAAGGAUAUUCAGUUCAAGGUGCUAGACAUGCUAGAAGACAUGAAGCAGAGAAUCAGUGACAUGGACAUCAAAGCUGAAAUCAUGUACUACUUGGAGAGAGCCAGUGAGUCCUACACUAACGUGCUGGCCUACAUCUCUCUUCAGUUUGAUAAAUUGAUUGAGGCAAUUCGACAGGUGGCAAAGGAUCAAGAAAUUCUGGAUCAGGUCAGGAAUGCGGUAGAAGGCAUACUCGAUGCCCUGAAAAAGGCAGAGAUUCAAACUUCGUCUUUUACUGUCCCACUGACAGAUCUCACGAUUCCGGCUGUAACUAUAGCCCUUCAGAACCUUCAGGACAUUGACAUUCCAUCUCAGAUUACAAUCCCAGAAUUCACCCUCCUUGAAAUCAUCACGGUGCCGUCAACAACUCUUGAUUUUGAAGAGCUCAAACAGAUGCUAAUCAAACUAAUUGAAGAAAUCCGUGAUUUUGAGCUUCCAAUGGUAGAGCUUGAAGCUAUUUUUGGAGAUCUCAGAGUUCUAUACAUGUCUGACCUGCCAGACCUGACCUUCCCAGAGAUCAAACUUUCAGAAAUCAGAAUCCCCGGUAUAACUAUACCCAAAUUAAACUGUGAGAACUUCGAUAUCACAAAACUACCAAUUCCUGAAGUGAAACUACCAGAGAUCCCAAGUGAGGUUCAAGUGCCAGCCUUUGGGAAACUCUAUGGUGAGCUGAGAAUAAACUCACCUCACUACACACUGGUGACAGGAGCAACACUGGAAAACUCAACAACUGCUCCCAAAUCUCCUCAGUUCACUGUCACCGUCACUUCCCAGGCCAAAUCAACCAUUGAGCUUUUAGAGUUCUCCUUGGAUGGCACGCUCCGUCUGGAAGCUCCAAGAAUGAAGAAGAUGAUCCUUAAAGAGACACUUAAGACCUCUCACGUGGCUUUCAACAUUGACCAUGAGGGUGAUCUGAUUUUCAGUGGACCAUCAGCUGAAGCAACAGCAAGGACUACUGCUAAGGCCACUACUGAAGUAUACACAGCUGAGUUGGAGAAUAUUGUUGAAUUUGCCCUGAAGAAUGGAAUUUCUGCGUCAAUGGUCACAAACUACAACCACAACCUCAAUAUUCCAAAUGCAGAUAUUUCAAGUCAGGCCACAAUGACACAAACAUCAAAGGCGCAAUUUGAAUCUGGUGCUAUCUCUGUGACGGUUGGAACUAAUGGCAGUGGGAAGGUGUCAGGGAAUUACUUUUCAGAUGAGGGCACACACAACAGCAAGCUGGAUUUCAAUGUCAACUUUGGCACUGCAAAACUCACUUUCAAUGGAGAGACAAAAAGCAAGGCCCUGACACUGAAGCAGGAUGUCAAUAUUGAAUCGGUCAUUAUGAGUCAUGUGACUAUUGAUGUCCAAACCAAAACAGGAACUCCAUUCAUCAAAAGCAGUGUAAUGACCUUGAAAGGAACGGCUGAGAUGGAGGACCUUAAGAUUGACCUUAAAGCCUCCCACGAUGCGGAGCUUAUCGGUAAAGUAAGUGGCACCAUUUCUAAUGCUCUGGAGUUUUUGGCAAAGCCAUUUGAGAUUGUCCUGGACUGCAAACACAAAGGGAACACCAAGAUUAUCUUCCCCUUGAAGCUGACCGGAAAGGUUGACCUCCAGAAUGAUUUUGGGUUCAUUCUGAACUCAGAGAAACAACGUGUCUGCUUGGUGGGAUUGGCUCGUUUCAAUCAGUACAAGUACAACCACAACUUUACCAUGGACAACAACAACAAUGAUUUUGGCAUUUAUGGUGCGAUGAAUGGUGAAGCCAACCUUGACUUCUUGACUCUACCUCUUUCAAUCCCAGAGAUGACUCUGCCUUACUUUGACGUCAAAACACCCAUGAUAAAAGAUAUUUCACUGUGGGAAGACUACGGCCUCAACACUCUACUAACCACUCCACGCCAGUCCUUUGAUAUGGAUUUCAACUUGCUGUAUCAGAAAAAUCCUGACACACAUGCACUCUACUUUGAUCUUGUACCUAUAUAUAAUAUGAUCAAUAACCAGGCUGAAUUUCUGCAGACAAAGUUUGAUGUGGGAAGAGACAGGGUUUUCAAUGACCUUAUGGACUCCUACCAUCAAGCCAAGACUCAGUAUGAGAAAUUUAAAAUUGAAACAUCCAGUCUGCCUCCAAGAUACAUUAGGGUUCCUGGAUACACCGUCCCAGUUCUGAACAUUGAGGUGUCUGCUUUCAGGGCUGAAAUGCCAGCGUUUAGUUUUCUCAUCCCCAAAGAAGUUAGCACACCAAGCUUUAAAGUGCCAGCGUUGGGUUUCUCAGUUCCGUCCUACACUCUUGUUCUUCCUUACCUGGAGCUUCCAGUCUUGCAUGUACCUGAGACUCUCAGAGAGCUGACCCUUCCAACAUUCAGGUUACCUGAAGUCCAGAACAGCAUUAUGCUACCAGCCAUGGGGAACAUGACAUAUGAUUUCUCUUUCAAGUCCUCAGUAAUCACUCUAAAUGCCAAUGGUGGAGUCUAUAACCAGUCUGACAUCGUGGCCAAAUUAGGAGCUUCCUCCACCUCUGUGUUUGAUGUUCUGCAAGGCAAAUUUGAGGGCACUACCAGCCUGACUAUGAACAGAGGCCUUAAAAUGGCAACAUCCAUGGUUCUGGAGCACAUGAAUGUUGAUGGAAACCACGACAGCUCUCUCAGCUGCACGGGGAGAGGUUUGGAGGCAACCAUGACAAAUGUUGCUAAAGUCACUUUGCCUGUCUUGAUUCUGGAGUUGGAACAGGAAUCACGUGUACAUUCUCACAGCUCACCAAAUUUUGGCACGAAACUGAAAGGGAAAUAUAACUUUUACGACCCCUACAUUAACGUAAUAGCAAAUGGAGACUUUGAUCAGAAGGUAGAUCUAGGACUGCAUUUUGACCACAUCUCUGUGGACAGCCAUACAAAGGCAAAGAUUGAUGGAACUAUGAUGGAGACUGGAAUUUUCUCUGGAGGUCUGGACAACGAAGCUUACUUCUUCCUCAAUGUAAAAAGUCAUCGUUCCACAGUGAACACAUUAGUAAACACUAAAUUUGAACAUGAUAACAUCAAGAUUUUGAACAUUGAGGUGAGUGAGAUGAUCGCACUGGAAGCGUCUCUACGUCGUUUGUAUGCUACAAUGAAAUACACAGGCGUCAAUGAGGCUAACAUUGCAUCAUUCAACACUAAUGGAAAGCACUCUGCCCAAGUCACGUUUGAGAUGGUUCCUCUCACAGCUGUAAUGUUUGAUGUGGAAUUUGAUAUAUCUCAGCCAAGCACCGUUGGUGAUGCAGAAAUGGUCCAGAAAAUAGAUAUUGACAUCACAGCAGAGAAGCAGUCAUUGAAAUGGAGUGGUAGAGAGCAAAUCACUUCCAUUGUCCAUGCAUGUGAUCUUGUGUUGUCAAACGAUGAGGCAGAGAUCCGUAUAGAGGCAACACAGUCUUGGGAAGGGUAUCUUGCCUUGCUGAAAUCCAUCAGGCUACCAGUGUAUCAGAAGACGCUGUGGGAUGUUCUGAAGUUUGACCUGGUCACCAACUCUGAAAACCGUCAGUUCUUUAACGCCUCCACCAUUGUUGUCUACACAAAGAGUGCAGAGGGAUUCAAGUUUGAAUUUCUGCAAAUACCUGAAAUAAUUGAUGACAUAAACAUGGCACUGGAAAAUGUCAAUCUUCUUGACUAUGUCUCUCUUCCACAAACCUUAACCAUUCCACCUUUUGAGGUGCCAUUUACUUCAAUCCGUUCCCCACGAAAGUAUGUUGACCUGAAAAAUAUAGAAAUCCCUGAUGCGAUAACAGUGCCCGAAGUUGAUAUCAGCCUGCCUGGUCUACCCAAAGUGACAAUUCCAGUUCUUCAGAUUGCUACAAAGUAUAACGAGGGUAAAAUACCCUACCUCUCUGUGAAUCUGGCAGAGUUUAAAAUUACCAUAGCAGGAAUCUCCUUGCCAGAAUUCGUCUAUGACCUAAGUGCUCAAAUGCCAAUCUGUGGGUUGCCUCUACCGGAAAUCCCCAGGCUGUUUUUCGAAAUCCCAGAGAUCUCCUUGAAGUUACCAGCCAGUAUAUUCAUCCCGACUUUUGGAUCUCUUUCAACAAUGGUGAGGGUAUCCUCCCCUAUUUAUGAGGAGACAUGGACUACGAUGGUGGAAAAUAAGGACCCUGAGCUUGUGACUUCUCUUCAGGCCAACUGCACCUCAACAAUAGCCUUCUUAGAAUACGACUUGAAUGCAAAAGCAACUUGGCGUUUGGUCGAUGGAGCUUUAAGCAUGAAUGGAAUUUCCAAGCUGACCCACAGUGACCUGAAUGUUGGCUGGCAGCACUCAUUGACACAGAAUAUCAGAACCAAGCGUCAAGAGACUCAGGAUUCUAGCUCUCACCAUACACUGAAUGUGGACAUCAUAAGCCCGACCUUCACUGACAUGAGCUGUCGGUAUGCAUCUCACAAAAAUGGCAUCACAGCUUCUGUUUCCUCCCCAUCUGCUGGAUUCAUGGGGUUCCAGCUUCAGAGGAGGUCACCUUCUCAAUACUAUGGAAAAAUCUUUGGUCGCUACCCGUCGUCUCCUGACAAGGACACAGACAUGGUAACUGUCAAAGCCACCCUGAGGAACUCAGAAAAGCUGAGUCUCCAGGUAGCUUGGAAUUGGAACUCCGUAAGCGAUAUCCUCUACGGGGUCAGGAAGAACACACCGCACAUCACCGCCUCCCUCAAGAAGUUUAUCAACAAGUAUCACACCGCUCACUUUGGGAUGGACUUGAACCGUGCCUCUUUGAAGAUGAAGAACAGUCUCUCCAACACCAUUGAGAGAACCUACCACGAAGUUCCUCAGAUUCUCAACGCAAUGCAGAACUCCGUAGAACAGAUCAGCCAGCACACCAAAGAGGCUUAUAAGACGGCCGCUGACAACAUUCCGUCCAUAGACAUCCAGGAAAUGAGGAACAGGUUCUCAGACAAAGCUAGAGUGCUGUACAAGUAUUAUGAGAAGAGCGCCCGAGUCCUCCUUGACGCCAUAAUGCAGUUCCUCAGAGAGACUAAAUUCGACCUGCCUGGCCUGGAGGAAAAGCUCAGCGGGCAGGAGUUGUACCACAGGGUCAGACGCUCUGUGUCGGCAGCCAUUGAGCAGGCCACCAAAAGGUUCACUGGUCUAAUGGAGACCAUUUACUCUUACGUUAGCAGCAUAGAGAUCACACUGCCAUACAUUGAUAAGGUAAUCCAGGGACAGGAGAUAUUAGACAAUCUGCCUACCAUGAAGUCCAUAGAGGAUCGUGUCCGUGACACCAUGAAGAGGUGGGAGAACCUGAAGCUGGAGACCUUGUUUAAGAGCCUGAAUGAUUUCCUGAAGCUCUGUAUUAUGAAGGCAGAGGAAUUCAUCACUUCUCUGCAGCCUGUCCAGCUGGAAGACCUCUUGGCCAAACUCAAGGACAGAAUGGCAGAAGCUGGUAACAUACCUGCCAUCGAGGAAAUCAGAUCACAGAUCACAGAAGCAAAGAAAGAUGCGGCCACCUACAAAGACAUGGCCAAAAUGAAAGUUCAGGAAAUGUACAGCAAUCUUACUAUAGAGAACAUCAACGAAGGUGUGGUCUUUGCUGUUGAUGAGUUUGAGUCCUAUUUCCUUGGUGGGGCCAAUGAGUUUCAUGACCAGCUGAGAUAUCACACACAAGGUGCAGAGCCUUACCUUAAAAUCUCCAACAAAAAAGCAGAAUUAGAAAUUCCCCUUCCCUUUUUCUGGAAGUCUUUCAAUGAAUGGCCAACUGACACUAGGGGAUGAUUUUUGUUGUCAUACAAGUAGGAACAAACAAAUAUUUGAGGAGUACUGUUGAGUCUGAAAAUGUCAGAGAUUGUAUUUAACAGGGUAAACUAAAAAUACAUUUACGUUUUUGUUGUGAAGUUGUUUUUAAUCCAAUAAUGAAAUGUGACUUUAUACUGUAAAAGUAAUUGUAUUUCAUCAAUUAAAUGCUUCAUGCUACUGA